AUGCCGAGAAAAUUGCUGCUGCGUCAUGACCUUGGUUUUGAGGAGAAGGAAACAAGACGGUUGUACAACAUCUGUUUAUAUAACAAUAAUCAAUUGCAAGUGAUGUUAAUACUUUGGAAUUCCAGUUACAUGCUGCCAAACCAAAUAUAUAAGAGGGCACCACUGAAAUUGGGUUAUGUGUUUGUGAGCUUUACUUUAUUCUUGGUGGGAAGCUUUGUGUGGAGCCCAAGAAUCAGCAAGAACAAACCAUCCAUGGCUUCUUUGAUUCGCUCAUUGAAUUUAUGGUCUUUGGCAUUGAUACUUGCAACUGUUGUAGGUGAAUAUGGUUCAGUUAUGGGUGGUGGGUAUUCUCCUAGCUCUAUGAAGUUUCAACCUACCCAAUGGUCUCUUGCUCAUGCCACUUUCUAUGGGGACGAGACUGCCUCCGAGACUAUGGGAGGGGCAUGCGGGUAUGGGAACUUGUUCAGCAACGGGUACGGCACCGCGACGGUGGCGCUGAGCUCGACCCUUUUCAACGACGGGUACGCCUGCGGGACAUGCUAUCAGAUCAAGUGCGUACAGUCGCCCUGGUGCUUCAGCGGUUCGCCUUUCACCACAGUCACGGCCACCAACCUCUGCCCCCCCAACUGGUCCGAGGACUCCAACAACGGCGGGUGGUGCAACCCACCCCGCGUCCAUUUCGACAUGUCCAUGCCUGCCUUCAUGAACAUCGCUCAGUGGAAGGCCGGCAUAGUCCCCGUCAUGUAUAGAAGGGUACCCUGCAUAGAGCAAGGAGGGAUCAGAUUCCAGUUCCAAGGGAAUGGUUACUGGCUCUUGGUAUACGUGAUGAAUGUGGGAGGAGGGGGUGACAUCGCGAGCAUGUGGGUCAAAGGAAGCGAGACAGAUUGGGUGAGCAUGAGCCACAACUGGGGUGCUUCGUACCAAGCCUUUGCAAGCCUUGGAGGCCAAUCUCUCUCCUUCAAGCUCACCUCCUACACCACCAAAGAGACCAUCAUUGCCUACAACGUUGCUCCUUCCAACUGGAACGUAGGGCUGACUUACCAAGCCGCUGUCAAUUUCCACUAGAGAGAGAGAGAGAGAGUCAAUAUUAAUUAUAUGCCCCCUUUGCUACUUUUCUUUCUUUCUUUUUCUCUUUUUUAAUCUAAUCCCUCCCUCAUCUUUCUUUUCCUGGAGCAGUCGGUCGCCGAAGGGAUUUUGCGCGGCCAGCUUUGUAAUUUUUGUUAUGUCAAAGGAGACUUACUAUCUGUCUGUAAUAGUUUCUAUAAGCAUGUGUACUGCUUGAUGGAGGGGUUUAACUGGGAAAGAGAAUCCAUUUGAUGACUCCAUAACUUGAA